AUGUCGGUUCGUUCCCAUGUCAAGUUCCUACCAUCUAUAAUUCCUGAUUCGUUUGGGCUUGACAAACGUUUGCUGAGGUUUCUCAACAACGACUGGAGACAGAAGCCACCGCCCAAUGGUAGGCUGGACUGGCCCAAGGAGUCUGAUGGGAUUCAGCUGCAGAUCACAACAAAUAACUACAUUUGCGACGAUGAAGGGAAAAUUGAGCCAUGGGAGGGCAUACAGCUUCACAACGAUCAUCCGCCCCCGCGGCCUGGCAGCAUUCCGAUCACUUUUGGCCGGUUCGACGUCCAGGAUGCAGAUGCAAUAGAUGUCUUCAAUGCCUUGGCAGAUACGAAGUCAGAGGAGAAAUGGGAUGAGCUGCUGAUGAAUGGUCCGGGAGUUACGUACUUGGGAGACUUCGCCAAAGAAAAGGCGAGGGGCGCAUCUGUGAGCUUCGUGGCGCGGCCCUUUCCAGAUCGCCAGGUUUUCCAAUGGAUGGUUUACAAUUCCACGCCCAACUAUGAUGAUAUGUGGGUGGUCUACUCGACUCGGCGGAAUGAUGUGCUGCACCAUCGCGGGGUUGAAAACGAAGGGUGGCCUGCGGUGCAAGCCCAAAACUGCUUGGGGGCGUAUCAUGUGGUCGGCCUUCCACAAGGCGGUUGCCAUGUCGUUUUCAGCACCAUGGUGAACUCAUACCCACCGUGGCCGAUCACUGCGCAGUUCGUCUUCAACAUAGCAUGGACGAAAACCGCAGACUACAUAGAGCACAUCCGUUUGCGUGCGCAGCUUCUCAAAAAGAGGCGGCUUGAGUCAGGCAACAAGUAUGAGCUCGUCGUGCCACGCUGGCUGGUUUUUGACGACUUGAAGCCCAACAAGUCUGAAUCUGGAGACAACUUUGUGGCAGACAGCAAGAAGGUUAUCCCACCUUUUCAAGGACCUGACUACAUAGCUGACAUCAUUCAGACAGACUUGCUCAAGGACCUGAAAAGGCUUGCAUCAUCCUCUCACACAUCUUUUGGUGUGUUGUUGCUUGUGGUGCCUGGUACCGCUGUUCUGGGCCUCGCGCUUUGGCUCAUGAAGCGCCGGAGCAACCUUCGUGUUGCUGCUGUUGCACAUGACCUUGCUGCCACAAUCAACGUGGAUGCGGCCUUCCUCUCAUCGGUGGCCGACGUGCAAAGAGGUCUUGGCAAGGGGGAAUCACUCUUCCAGCAGACCAUGACAGCCUUCCGCGAUGGUGACGUAGCGGCUUUGUCAGGGUGCGUUUGUUGUCCGGGCUUCGAUGACGCGUUGUCAUUUGCGGUUCGCAGUGCGCUGACGCAAGGCGCAGACACAGGGCUCUUGGACUACUUGGUGGUUGAAACCAGCGGAGCUGCCGAUCCGCGAAGGAUCGUUGGAGCUCUGGAGGUUCGGUUUGGGCCCCUGGCACGAGUGCGCCUUGACCGAGUGGCGACUGUGGUUGAUGCCGAACGAGUGGUCGCAGAAGGCCAGCGCUGGGAACUUGCACAGGAGCAGCAAACCGCUGAAGAACAGCUUCAGCUGGUGCAGCUGUCGGUCGCAGAUCUGGUCCUGCUGAACAAGGUCGAUCUUAUCAAGGACGAAGAUGUAGUGUGGGCAAAGCAGCUGCUUCAGAGGCUUUGUCCGGAUGCUAAGGUGCUGCCCUGUCGUCACGGGGACGUCCCUGUGCCGGAUCUUUUGGAUGUAGAGGUGGCCGAGGCUGUGCCGACAGCAGCCAUCUCUCAUGAGGACAAUCCCACGUGCUGGAAGAUGUCCAGCAGCAGCACCGAAUCCAGUCGUCCAAGCCAUGACAGAGGCUUCAAAGGAGUUGACAUGAACAUCCAUCACAGAGUCGCAGAAUGGUCCACCCGCGAUCGGGGGUCCAAGCCAGUGAGGCUUGCUCGGUUGCAACACCUGCUUUGCGAGAAGCUGCCGCGACUGAGACGCUGGCUGCGCCGUGGCAAGGGCUUGCUGCGGGUGGCGGAAGAUCCAUCAGCGCGCUGGGAUUGGGAGCUGAGUGGCCAACUGCGCUACAACCUCCGGCGUUCGGGGGGGCACUGUGCCAUGGAGCACAUUGGCACCUUGCAUGCAUUGGUUGGCCGGUUGAACCGACGGAACCCAUGCUUAAGCAGGACCAACACAUUUUGA